CGCGCAGACCUCGCUGCUCACAGAAAGCUCUGUAGAAAACUCAUGUCUGUACAAGCUCAAACACAUGUGCUCGGACUCCUCUUACGCGCGCCAGCCUGUCCUCGGGACUCUAGCUCGGCCGAGCAUCCUUGGCCCCUCGUUGAUUCCACUUCUCGCCGCAGAGGCGUCUGUCAGAGGGACGCGGUCGCAGAGCCUUCCACCGCCUCUACGCCUGCCGAGAAGACUACUCCGACCGCAGAUCCCUCAAACAAUAUACAACGACAGCUGAUGCCUCUAUGCAGGCAAGCAACCCGUCGCCGCCACGGGCGCCCGCAGGCGCGCGGUCCCGCCGAGUGACGGUGGAGCGCGAGUGCGGGCCGCCUGAAACGCCGUACGCGCCGCAGGGUUCGUCCUCCGGGAGACCAAGCGCGACGACUACCAGUCGAGGGUAUAAAAGACA